AGGUACCAUGUACGCUCUCAACAUUCUUCUUGUACUUUGUCUGGCAGUCACGGCGUACGGGUUCCCUGGAUCCCAAAUCGUCGGUGGCAAGGAUGCAGAUGCUGGACAGUUCCCUUACCAAGUUUCUCUUAGAAAAAAUGGAAACCAUUUCUGUGGUGGAUCCAUACUCAAUGAUCGCUAUAUCCUCACAGCAGCUCAUUGCGUCAAAGGACAAUCGCCUAGCAGUAUCACCGUCCACGCCGGUACAAACCAUUUGAGAGAAUCUGGAACUGUUUAUAAAGCGCAAAGUAUUUCGGCCCAUCAAAGAUUCAGCUCCCUGUUGCUGGUCAACGACGUGGCUGUGAUUCGCGUCGAUAGAGCAAUUACUUUCACUGCAAACGUUAAACCGAUUACAUUGGCCACGAAGGAUGCAGCUGAAGGAUCAGCCUGUGUUUUAUCAGGAUGGGGAACGCUCAAGGCCGGAGGAAAUCUGCCCGACAAUUUGCAAUACAUUAACCUGCGUGUUGAGGGCCAGGCAAAGUGCAAACAAACCCACAUAAAUCUGCGUGAUUCUCAUGUCUGCACAUUCACCAAAUACGGAGAAGGAGCAUGCAACGGUGACUCUGGUGGCCCCCUUGUUGCAAAUGGUGUACAAAUCGGUAUCGUAUCCUUUGGACGACCAUGCGGUAUUGGAAGCCCUGACGUAUACACGAGAGUAACGUCAUUCUUGUCCUGGAUCAAGCAACAGCAAACUCUUCUUCAAGACGAUGACAUGGAAGAGCCUGAGAUUGCUUGUGAUUUUUCUAAUUUAGGGUUCCCUGGAACUCAGAUCGUCGGUGGCAAAGAUGCACCAGCUGGAGGGUUUCCGUACCAAGUUUCUCUUAGACAAAAUAAUAACCAUUUCUGUGGUGGAUCCAUACUGAAUAGUCGCUACAUCCUCACUGCAGCUCAUUGCGUCACAGGGCAAUCGCCUAGCAGAGUAACCGUCCAUGCUGGCACAAACCGUUUGAGCGAAGCUGGAACUAUUUACAAUGCGGAAAAAAUUUUGACCCAUUCGGGAUUCAACUCGAUGUUGUUGGUUAACGACGUGGCUGUAAUUCUUGUCGAUAGAGCAAUUUCUUUCAAUGAAAAAGUUCAACCAAUCCAAUUGGCCUCGAAGGAUGUGGCUGAGGGAUCAUCCUGCAUUUUAUCAGGAUGGGGAAGGCUUCAGGCUGGAGGAAGUUUGCCCAAUAAUUUGCAAUACAUAGACUUGCGCGUUGAGACUCAGGCAAAGUGCAAACAGACUCACUGGAAUCUCCGUGAAUCGCACAUCUGCACGUUUACCAAAUACGGAGAAGGAGCAUGCAACGGUGACUCUGGUAGCCCCCUUGUUGCAAAUGGUGUACAAAUCGGUAUCGUAUCCUUUGGACGACCAUGCGGAGUUGGAAGCCCUGAUGUAUACACGAGAGUAACAUCAUUCUUGUCAUGGAUCAAGCAACAGGAAUCUUUGACUCUGGACUUACACGAAGAACAGACUAAUGACGAUACAAAUCUUAUACUUGAUCGUCUAGAUCGUCUAGAUCUUGUCUUUACAAUCAAAACUCUGGAAUUUUUAAGUUUCAUAAACGUCGUACUCCAUAAUUGUACUGAUUCGUAUCAUCGAGAAAAUGAAUUUUCUUUAUCUUUAUCUAUGGAAUAUACGCUUUUGGGGGUAUAUAAAUUGAUCCGUGAUGUUGCUGGAUCCAGUAUUGUAAAUCGUACCAACAUGCACACUCUAAGCAUUGCUGUAGCUCUCUGCCUUGCGGUUUCCGUUUACGGAUUCCCUGGAAGCCAGAUCGUCGGAGGCUUCGAUGCACCUGACGGCAAGUUCCCCUACCAAGUUUCUCUUCGAUACAACGGAAACCACUUCUGCGGUGGAUCUAUCAUCAGCUCCCGUUACAUCCUUACUGCAGCUCACUGCGUCAAGGGAGUAUCCGACAUUCGUAAAGCUACUGUCCACGUUGGAACAAACCUUUUGAGCGAACAAGGAGAUGCUUAUGGAGUGGAGAGCGGUGUGGCCCAUCCCAACUACAACUCGCGCACGAUUGCCAAUGACGUUGCCAUAAUUCGUGUCAACAGAGCUAUUGCCUUUAACGCGAAGGUUAAAACUAUACCACUUGCUUCGAGCAACGUUGCUGAAGGAUCGACUUGCGUUCUGUCUGGAUGGGGAACGCAGAAGGCUGGCGGAAAUGUACCCAACAAACUGCAGUACGCUGAUUUGCGCGUCGAGUCUCAGAAAAGCUGCGUUCAAACAUGGAGCAACGUACAAAGCACUCAGAUCUGCACGUACACCAAAGUAGGACAGGGAGCAUGCAACGGUGACUCUGGUGGCCCCCUUGUUGCCAACGGUAAUCAAAUUGGUAUCGUAUCCUUCGGACGACCAUGUGGUGUCGGAAGUCCUGACGUCUACACACGAGUAUCUUCCUACUUGAACUGGAUCAAGGGACAACAGUCUUUCAUUCAAGAUGAUAACGAGCCACAAUCUGAAGAAAUUGAUAUGGAAAAUGUUGAGCCAAGGUUUGAUGAUAUGUUCGAACAAUAACUUAAAUCUAUCCUGUACUAAUUUGUUUCGAUUAAUCUUGCCAAUGCUUCUUUAAUAAAAUAUAUAGUUUCUCCGCAAA